AUGGCAAACAACAUCCAGCCAAAUAGACAGACUUCGUCGAAGCCAAGGAUUUCUCUUAUGGUGCAGGACUCACCAUCUGUGAGGAGAAGAUACAGUUGCCCAUCUGGGCUUCAUUUGUAUCGAUCGGUGUCUAUGCCUAAGAGUGAGGGUUCAAAUCCGCUAGAUGUGGAUUCUGAAGCUUCUUCUAGUACAGCCAGUUCCUCGGAAAUUUCUCCAAAUGAGGACGCAAAGUUACAAAAGAAGGAGCGCGUUCAGAGGGGAUCAAUUCCACUGAUGGGAUCCCUUGUCUAUUUCAAGAAAAGAGGCGAAUCCUUCCCACAGACUGCAGAGGAUGAAGAGUUGCAUUCCGAAAUUAUGAAACUCACUGACAGACUUGGACGGUAUCAAAUCAAUAGUCGCAAAGGAGAUACUCCGGACAGAGCAUCUCUUAAAAGCAGGUCUGUGUCGGAUCCUCUUGCGGAGGAAUACUGUCCACUAUGCGAUUUUUCUGAAAUCGAUGAUCGUAUGAACGAGGAAAGACGGCAUAGCACCGAAUGGAUGGAGAAGAAUCUUGAUUUGAAUAAUAGUGGACAUGAAAGAAGCAAGAGAAAUGUUGGUGAAGGAAUGAAGAAGCAGAUUGUUAGUCAUGCUCCUAACCAGGGUGGUAGCAAAGCUGCUUACCGAAUCCCUAAUCCUGAUCGUAUACCUCAUCAUAUUUCCACCAAUCAUCAUCAUCAUCAUCAUCAUCAUCAUCAUCAUCAUCAUCAUCAUCCUCGUAACCAUCAUCUCGACAAGAGCUCAGGAUGUCACCCGGAUCGUGCAAGCAGUUCUCCAUCAUUAAACCAAGAGAUCCCAACUCCAAUAGAGAGAUCGGGCUAUCGUAGCUCUGAAGAUGGAAAUUACACUUUGGGUACAUCUCAAGAUUCGAGAAACAGUACUUUACAAUACAAUAGGUCCACGGCAAAACGUCGCAGGGAACACAAAAGGAGGCUUACGUGUGCCGUGAUAUUCACACAACCUAGGGUGGUUGAGAUUUGA